GUUCACCUUUUGAUUCAUGAUAUUCAAAAUAGUAAAUAAUGUGUAUUUGUUUUUUUUUCUUAAGAACAAUAUGUCAGGUGUUCCACCAACGGGUGCUUCUUCUCAAGCUUCUCGAGGAAGCAAAAGAAAAUGGGUUCCAGAAGAGGAUGCAGCAUUGGUUUCUUGCAUGGUGGAUUUGCACAAUGUAGGAACAUUUAAUGCUGAUACCGGGUUCAAAGCCGGUUAUUUGAACGAGCUAGAGAAAAUGCUAGAAAAGGCUUUACCAAGAGCAAUGUCGAAGGCGAGACCAAAUAUUAAAUCUCGGAUUAGGUGCCUAAAAAGGGAAUGGUCAGUCGUCUACGACAUGCUUAAUGGUCAGAACAACAGCGGUUUUGGUUGGGACGAGCAUAGGCAGCUCGUUGUUGCUGAAGAUGCUGUUUGGGAAUCCUAUGUUAAGAGUCACAAAGAAGCCUCUCAGUUCAGACAUCGUUCUUUCCCUUACUACAACCAGCUUACUGCCAUAUACGCAAGAGAUCGGGCGACUGGGAAAGACGCCGACAAUUACCGAUGUUCUUGA